AUGUGUGUUUAUGGUGUUUAUACCGUACUCUUAACUGAGGGCUGUAUCGCACUGUUAUCUCUAGUACAGGCAAAUCUACCAUUUCAGACAGGUCCCAUUAUUAUUAAUCCAUACUCUCCACCAUUGUUUACGGCGUCCCAUGACUUAAAUCCAUUUGCAAGCAAUACAUUUCAUGUGGCUUUCAAUGGCAAUCAAUAUCAUAAAAUACCGGUCAAUAGACAACAAUUGAAAUAUUUUGGAGAUAGGCCAACAUCUAAGUAUGUGCACAGGGAUUAUAAAGUGGAACCACCGAUUAAAUGGAAAAAGUAUUCAACUAAUGGACCGUCAGCUAAAAAGGGUCAGUCGACCAAACAUAGCUAUAAGAAAUCCAUGUCUUACCCGAUGUCCAAAUAUAAUACAUAUAAUAAUAAUAAAGCAAUAAUCAGACCGAAACCGCAAACAAAUAUGGAUAUGAAAAAACAUUUGUCAUAUGAAAGAAAUCAUUUCGAUUUAAAACCAGUAUUUAAUUAUAAGAAUACAAACACUUUUAGACCAACAGUUCCGCAAAAGUCAGUGUUAGACAAAAGUCAGUCAUUAUUUGAGACGACAAAAACAAAAGACAGUGAAUCUGAUGUCAGCAUUGGUUUGAUGAGUGACGAUGACUACGACUACGACGACAAGUCUUAUAAACAAAAUAAGAAAAGUCCCCAAAAUUAUAAAUACCUAUCGGUUCCCAACAAAUACAGCAAAUCUAAGCCAUAUUAUAUUAAGGAAAAAAUUAUAAGUAGUUCUGAUCCCAGAUUUAAAAAGCCGGCGCUCUAUCAGAUUGAGGCGCCUAAGAAUCUAAACAAUGAAAAGCCCSGUUCGAGUGGCGGUUCGGGUUUUAUUCAAAAUAUUUUAGCCCCAAAACAAACACUUUUACAAAUUGCCGAUAUAUCUGGACCACCAAAGUCUACAUCACGUGUCCACCCGUUUGAGGGCUUUAAUCAGACCCCGCGACCCAAACCGGACGCCGAGAUUGUAAUGAAUACAUUGGAUGAUUCGGGUGCCAAACAAGUGGGUGCCUCUAUGACUGUCCAACUGGACAGCCGUGAGGUCAUUCCAAAAGGAAAAGUUUUUGACGAACCACUUAAUGACGUCGACCGACGAUWUCAAAACACAAACCGAAAAAAUUAUAAUACAAGAAGUCUGAAAUCAAAUGACUAUUCGUAUUCACAAAAGCCUUUCAGACAUAAUGAGAAAAAUUCAUUUAAUUCGCAACAGUCUUAUGCCAACCAAAGAGUACAACCAAAGUCUGACGAUGACUACGAUUACGAUAAUAAUGAGGAAACAAAAUGUCAAAACUGUUACUCUAAUGAUGAAUCAAAUGGAUAUUCUAAUGAAGGAUCAAACAAAAACCCGGUUCACGACUCUUCAAUUGAUGACAGACCACAAAUGGCUGCUCUUCAGGCCAGUGAUGGACAUAAAAGUGAUGAUAACAACCAAGAAAAUGAAUGGUCUUCCAAUGGUAUACCGGGAGAUCCGGGAAAGGAUUAUCCAAUGAUGUCGUCGGUGCCAAUGAGGUCAGAGUUUUCAUGUGCCGGUCGUCCACACGGUUUCUAUGCAGAUGUCAGUCAAAAGUGUCAGGUAUACCAUCAAUGCUCAYCACAGGGCCAACAAAGGUUUCUAUGUCCUAAUGGCACACUAUAUAGUCAGGAGUCAUUGGUGUGCGAGUGGUGGUAUAACGUGUAUUGUGAGAACAGUGAACAACUGUACCACAAGAACGCCAACCUCUACAGUACUGAUCAACAAAAGGCACAGCAAUUGCCAUCAAAUGAUGACACAAACAGUAAUGAUGGGAACACUGGUGCAGCCAAUGGUGACCAAAGCGAUUACGAUGGGGUAACAAAUGGUAACGAGARAAGAAACAGACAACACAGUCGUCAUGAUUAUCAUCAUAAUAACCACAAMCACAGACAUAAUAAUAAUAAUAAUAAUCAUAAUAACCAGCCAAACAACCGUAACACAGAUUAUGAUAGCAGUCAUAAUCGACAGCCUAAUCAUAAUUAUAAUCACAAACACCAUCAGCACAGCCAUCAUCAUCACAGUCACAGCCAUUUGCCGCACACACAUAACCAUCGACAGCCUCUGUCGUCAUCUAACUAUAGAAAUACCGAUUCGCACACUCCUUACAAAAGUUUAUCAUCAGAUGAUCGCCAACCGGAUGACGACCAGUCCAUCGAUGAAGAGAUUGAUGUCGACCUUUCCAAUGACGAAUCGCAACAGAAAUUCUCAUUCAGUCCUUUGACUCAGAAAUUUGUGUCAUAUGUUAAACAAUUAAAUAACAAUAAAAGUAAUAAAAAGGUUGUAUUACUUACUUAA